GAAGCGUGUGCAAGCGUGUGCGUAGAAUUUGUAUGACCGUGUAGAGAAAGAGACGCGACGUUCGUGGUCAGUUCGGAGUCGCUUAUGCGUCUUAUCUCUCGACUGAUGAUAACGUCGAGGAUUUAGGUUGCCCAAAAAAGAUUGCGAAAUGAAAAUAUCACCACGGUUAUUCGUUUAGUGUACGCGUAUCACAUCCAGUCUUCGAACGUUACCAUCGAAGACACGGUCCUUUGGAGGAAUUGAUAAAACGCAUGCGCGUGUUGUGUCACCGGUGUCCAGUUCAGUGUUAAUCGUUAUUCCUGCGUUGUUCGGUGUUAAAUGUGUCAUUUGCGAAUGUAACAGUUGCAGGAUUACGAGACGCAAGAAAACGAGCAGUGGAGCCUAUAAAACAAGACACCGCAUGCCUGACAAGAUGGCAGGGCUACUUCUGCUGAUAGUCGCACUUGCGACAUCAACGAUCGCUUAUAACGGCGAAUUGGUGGAGCAGGAAUGUCCCGUGGACUGUCACUGUCAUUAUUUUCGCGUCAACUGGGUGACCGACUGCUCCGAAAGCAAUUUGACGAGCAUCCCUUACGACGAGCUCAGCCUUAAUGUCUACAUCCUGGAUAUGAAUGGUAACAACAUCGCACAGGUUGGCCCGUUUCCGCAAUCGAUCAAGAUAAGGCGUCUGCAGAUGGCGCAUAAUAGAUUGACCGAGCUCAAGCACGAAUCGUUCGCUGGUCUAACUUAUCUGCUGGAGGCGGACUUUUCAUCGAACGCGAUCACUCGCGUCGACCCCGAGGCGUUUAGUGACAAUCCAGGUCUCAUCACGCUGGAGCUUCAAAACAACCCCUUGGACGAGGUCGCCGGUCACUUCCUCAACUGUCGCACCCUGCUCUACCUAGAUCUGAACACGUGCGGCAUCAGACGUCUCAACACAGAAUUCUUCCAUAACACGACGAACCUAAACAAGCUCGAUUUGUCCAACAAUCCCCUUGGAAGCAUAGAACCAGGUCCAUUCGACCACCUCACCAAUCUGGAGUACCUGAAACUGAACUCCUGCAACUUAACGAGCAUCUCACCUGACGCAUUCGCUCACCUGGAGAAUCUUCGCGAGCUAGAGAUGGCGGAUAAUGAUCUGCACGCGCUGUCCUGGACGAGCGUCCUGGCGCCGUUGGUCCGACUAGAGCACUUGGAUAUCAGGAAGACUGGCAUCACGAACCUCCCAUCGGACGCUUUCGCGAAAAAUCUGUACCUCAGACAGCUGGUGCUCGCAGAUAACGAGCUGUGGCAUUUGGACGUUGGGAACACCCUUGGUCAUAAUUUGCACAGCCUCCAGUCGUUGGACUUGUCGAACUGCAACUUGCAGGAUCGUCUGUCUGAGGAGGCAUUCAGGAACGCUAGUAAACUUCGCGUGCUGGACCUCAGUGGCAAUCCGAUGUAUGCUGCUGACCUAACAGGCGUGCUGCGCCAUCUACCUAAACUCCACAAGUUAUCCUUGAGUAACUGCAGUCUACAGCGUUUGCCAAACGCGUUCCACGUUUUCGAGCACCUGGACGAGCUGGACAUCUCGCACAACCCCCUGUCGGAUGCGUUCGUCAGUCUCCUGAAUCCCUUGGACUCUCUGGAGUAUUUGGACAUGUCCUACUGUAACCUGGGUUACGUUGGGAACAACACGUUUGCCCACAUGACUUCCUUGAAAAAAUUAAUAUUGUCGGGAAAUAAGCUACAUACCUUGGAAGAAGGCUUGUUCGCCAAUUUGACCCACCUGGAAGCUCUGGAGUUGAACAACUGCGACCUCAAGACCCCCAUCGACCCUAAGGUGUUUGGUGAUCACAAGAGCACCAAUAUCAUCGAGCUGAAGCUCAGCGGAAAUCCACUCAAAGUCCCCGAAAGCGGGCCUCUUCUUCCCGAACAGUUGUCCAACCUCGAGAUACUCGACCUCAGCAACUGCAAUUUGUCCCAUUUGAACGAGAAUCUGUUCAUCUCCGCAAAGAACCUCACGCAGCUGAAUCUAGCUGGCAAUAACAUUUCUGGCGCGGAGAAUCUAGCCUGUCUGAAGAAGCUUCGCAGUUUGGAGCAUUUAGAUCUCAGCAACAACAACCUACGAACUGUCAGCCCCAAGGUGUUCAAAUCGAAUCCACGUCUGUUGUCCGUAAAUCUUCUCGGCAAUCCUUUCGUCUGCAAUUGCUCGAUCACGGACAUGUGGGACUGGGCGGUGCAGGUGAAGAACGAUCUUCACGUGUUGGUGGCCAGUCAGCCAGCCAGCUUCGAAACCGGAGCCGCGAAACUGAGAAAGAGUUUGAUCUGUAGCUACGACGACGAGACCUAUCGCAACAUCGUGGAACAGACAGCCAGCAGCGGCGAUCAGCGCAGACUUAGAAAGGGAGACCUGACUCCCAUUCGUACCUGGGCAAAGUACGUUCGCGAGUCGAGUUGCGGUCAUACUUUAUGAUAUACGUUGUACAAGUUUCAACAUCCCUUGCUGUACAUCUAUCAGAACGAGAUACGUAAACACCGAGUCGAGCUUUAACCGUAUCUUGUCAACGAUGCGCAGACACGACGUUCUCGCUGCAUUAUUCGCAAUUUAUUAACCCUCUACUGCACGAUUCAUUCAGAACAAUCCCACUGAAGGGCCCUGAGGCAAUUUCGCAAGGAUUUGCCUGUUUCCUUAUAGCUCCGAUAGGUUCAGUCCUUUAUUGUUUAGUCAUAGUGUAAAUAUAUAUACGAUUCAUGCAAUAGAGGGUUAUCAUCGCCGGGAAUCCAAGAUUAUCCUUCAUUUCCAUCGCGUACGACUUUAUUUUUGUAGGCGUAGGAUUAAGGUGUAUCGGUAGUACCUGCGCACGAGACGUCAUGAUGUUGAAACUUGUUGCAUGGGAAAAACCCACUGCUCGAAGCAUACCGCUACAUUUGUUCCUCCAAGUAUAAGGUCUACGAGCGCGUUGUAUGUAAGUCAAGGUAUUACGACAUCGUUAUACGUUGCUACGAAACGUGGAAUCAAACGACCAUUUUUAUUCGGGAUCAUCGACCCCCUUUCUGCGUCACCAAAGGAAUAUCUUCCAAGUGUCAUUAUAGAAGCGUUCCAUUUCAUUCAAGGACAACAGUCCAUCUACCGUUCGAUAAACGCGCUGGACGUCAUGAAUAGUGUGAAAUUUUCAUUUAACGGCUCGCAAAUAUGAUUUAUCCUAGUCUUUGUAAUCAACUAGUCGUUGCCUGUGUCUGGCGUUUCGUUGAGUCCUCGUUUUUUCCCACAUCAACGCGGGAAUUAACGAUUCAAAGCAAGGUCAAGACCCUUUGCUCCGACAGUCGUCUAUUUCUAACGAACCUCUUACUUCGAGAGGUGCUUGAAAUUGAAUCGAGUCUGGAAACUCGUGAUUCGAAUCAAGGCAAGUUUCUGGUUUGUUGUGCGACAUAAUUAAUUAUUUUUAAGAAUGUUUUUGGGAACAACGUUGUUUCGGAAAAUUAAAGUUUAACGCUACGAUUUAACAAUAUUGGAACUGUAGCUGUAGUUACAAUUAAACUAAACGUAUAGGUAUUAUAAAUGGCUGUAAAAAAGAGUAGAUGGUAAUUUGAAAUCUAAAGUUUUAGAAAAUGUAAUUGGUGGAAAGGUGAAACAAACCAGAACUCUGCCUGAAAAGAUGGCGUGACGGCGUCUAUCGAGUCAACAGCGUUACUUUGGAAACUCUUGAAUCCAUGACGAAGUUAUGAAGUUCACAAAAGUCGAACCUCCAUCAUACUGAACGUAAAUUCCAGGCUAAAUGACAGAGUCCGUGGCUCGUGAAAACAUGCCAUGAUUUCAAUUACAAAGUUCUUGCAUGCCCGUCUAUGCAUGCAUCUCUUAUCGUGUCGUGUUAUACACGAGUGUGUAUUACGUAAAGUUAUGGAUGUCGCCAGGUAUGUGUAUACUUUACACUGGAAACUCAAUUGUUAAAAUUAUUAACCUCCGUUUGGUAAAGUCCAAGUGAUUGCGACGUUCUUGUAAAGCGUUGUAUUUAAAUCGUUGUAGACGUUUAAUUUAUAGUUUAUUGGAAGGGUCUUGCAUUAAUUGUUAACCUAAUUAGGUUUGUCAGCCUUUGUUGAGUAAGAAGUACUUCGCUCUAUAAGAGGAGAACGUGUACCCUAUGAGUUGCGGAUUCAUCGUUUAUUCGUUGCUCUUUAUGCGUAUUUGUUAAGUCCCAUCGUUUGAUAUUACGCCUAGCGCUAAUGGUUAGUUUGCUAGUUAACGAUGCACGCCAAGAAAUCCUUGUCUCCUCCUAUGCUUAUUCUCUCUGUGCGGAUGUAUACUUAUGGUUCUUUUUUUUUUUUUUUUUUUUUUUUGUAUGAAGUGCUGUCUCUUUUUAACCAGAACGUGUUCUCUAGCAGUGCCCAUGUAUAAGUAGACUACCUAUGAGAUACUUGGAUUCCCAUUCUUGCAAUCACUUGAACAAUGCAGCGAAAAUUUGAUUCUAGUUUACACGCCAAACUUUUCGCCAAAGGAACUCGUGGUUAGAAUUUGUACUAAAGAUUUUAGCUGCUCAAGCUCAUUUGUAUGUCUCUCUCUCUCUUAUACUAUAUGUAUAUUUAUAUGUGCCUGAAACCGUGUCGCAAGUAAUCAUUAGGUACUUUUGACGUUCUUUUUACUGCCAUUAGUCUCUAUUCACUAUAUCGAGGCAGCAAAGACGAAGGGAUGUAACGAAAUGGUUGUUAAGAGUUGUAAGGUGGCCUUGAGCGGUGAAAAUCUUUGGCCUCGUGUGUACGCUACGAGAACGACGAUUCGUAUACAUCUACGUCUGUUACGUUGAUCCCUGUGAAACGGAUACGUGAAUCAGAUUUUCAGUCGCUGUCGCUUGAAAUAGCGCGGGCAAUAUCAGGUGCCGGUACGGUUUCAUUAUAUUCAUGAAAUGUAUAAGACUGUUUAAUAAAGGAGUCAUUUUUCUUGGUACAAC